GCGGGAUGGCGGGCGGCGGCGGGAUGGCGGGCGGCGGCGGGAUGGCGGGCGGCGGCGGGAUGGCGGGCGGCGGCGGGAUGGCGGCGCCGUCGCGGUCGCUGUUCUUGUGGGACGACGGGAGCCCGAUGCGGUUCUACGUGCGGCCCGGGCUGGCCAAGCUGCGCCUGGCGCCGCUGGUGCUGUCGGGCGGCGGGCGGCUGUGCCGCCUGCAGGAGCCGGGGGCCGUGCUCCUGGCGGAGCCCGGCGAGGCGGCGGCCGCCGGCGCCGUCUCCACCGAAUACGUGGCGGAGUGCGUGCAGCGCGGGCAGCGGCUGCCGCUGGAGCCGUUCCGCCUGCCCGCCGCGCCGCCCGCGCCGCCCGCCGCGCCCCGCGGGCGCCUGCCCUUCACGGCGGCGGAGGACGCGGCGCUGCUGCGGGCGGUGCGCGGGCGGCGCCGGGCGGGCGGGCGGGCGCUGUGGCGGGAGCUGGAGCGGGCCCGGCUGACGCGGCACAGCUGGCAGGCCAUGCGGGACCGCUACCUGCGGCACCUGCGGCCGCUGCUGCGGGAGUCCGAGGGCGCCGAGGGGCCUGCACAACUCUUGGGGCUUUUCGAGGCAGCUAAUCGGGAGUUCGAGAGCACGGAGUCAGGAAGUGACACUUCAGACGUGUCAGAAGAACUUUCUACACAAGAUGAAGAGGGAGGGUCCCCAGAAGAAACAACAUCUGGUUUGAAAACUAGACUGGAGGACUCUGCUCUGCCUGAUGCACAGUUACAAAGGGAAGAAAGACCAACAAGCACUUGCUCUUCUUCUGGUGUGGUGGGAGAAUUAGUAAAAACUAUGCAGCACUUAAUGGAGAAGUUCAACGUUGACCUGUUCACUGUUACACAGGCCUUUCUGAAAAACACUGGUGACGUGGAGACUACUUCGUACUUCCUGCAGACGGGGCAGCGCCUGGAUGGGUACCCGCUUUGGAGCAGGGGGGAUGAUUUGGAAUUGCAAAAAGAUGAUGAGCAUGCUAGAAAUAAGUUGAUAGCAAAAUUUGGAGCUGAAAACGUAGCAAAGCGGGUAGCGUUUAGAAAAAGUUAGAGACCAAACUAGAGGGAAAUAACUGCGGCAGGAAUGUUUAAACCAAUUAUUUCAGAAAUGCAAAUGUGAUUUAAAAUUUGAUGCAACAUUCUGAAGUUUCAGAAAUGCUUUAAAAUAGGGGUUUUUUGGUAAAAGGCCUUUUUUAUAUUUGAUUUUUAUUUGUAGUACCGAGAAUGCUCAAUAUUUAAAAGCAGAAAAUGAAGAAAAAGAUUCUAUGCAGUAUCAAGUUGUCACUGAAAAUUUGCUUACAAGUGUGUAUGUAUGAUAUAAAGCAGCUGACAGACCUGUCUGUCCAUUGCUACAUGCAAAGAGUUUUGAAUAGAGUUGGCACCAAAAUCUGACAAUCAAAUUAGGAAUUAAUUAGGAAAUUGACUGUUUUAAGCCAAAUCUAUAUUAUAUUGAAAGGCAAUGAUAACUUGAUGUAUAACAAGACUGCUACUUGAGAGAGCCACUGUCCUGAAACGCCACUUCAGUAUUUAGGGAGUUAACCAACAGUAACCAUAUAAAUGCCAAACCUCUGUUUUAGAUUAUGCAGUGUUUCACUGGACAGGUCAUUCUUGCUGAAAACGUGUUAUUUGGUACAUUUGUGCUGCUCAGACUGGUUACCUGAAACUUGUGUGGAAGACCAGAGAAGCACCUACUGAGAGAGUGCAAGACAACAUAAAAAAAAAUAAUCAUACUACUUUAUUUGCUAAGUGCAGACUUUACCUGCUGGAUUUGAAAUUCAAGAACUGAUGAUGACCAGGUUAAUGAACAGGAGACAUGUCACUUCCUGGAGCCAGGAACUCCUGUUCUGGCUUGGGUGGUGUGCAUGUCUCAGCAGCAACACAGCCUCACAAUUCGAUGGUCUUGUUUAACCAAAACUGCUUUAGAAUUCAAAGUGAGAGAACACAUUAAAUGGCUGCAGCAUAAAAACAUCAGGUGUAAGGCUUGCUUUAACUUUUUAUAAUUCUAAGUGACAUCUCAAGAGUCCAAUAUGCUGAAGGCAGCUUGGCUUACCAUAUUCAUAUCAGGUCCCUGCACUAUCAGAGUGUUAGGAGUGCUGUUUCUGUAGUGGAAAGGUUAAAGGCUUCUUCUUUGCAUUAUUGCCUGGAGCAGCAAUAUUUGUAACCUGGAGGGGUGAGCUGAGUGGCAAUGCACAUACCAAAACUUUGAUUUAAUGGACAGUUCGAGAGGCAGAAAUACUUGGUCUGAAAACUCUUACCUGGAGCUUGGGUAUUUCCCAUUUGCUUCCUUUUAGAGUUAGCAUUCAUAACAAUCAAUAAAUUCUGGCCUUUCAUAACUGAAGUUACUAGCAGAGAACUGAUUGCAUACACCAGGCUGAAAAGGAACAGACUGGAAUACCAAAGAGUUGUUUUCUAAAUUUCCUUUUGAAAUAAAUUUCCCUUUUUCCGGUCUUCUCCAUCCUACACUGUGUUGGUAUAAAAACAGAAUUGACUCUUCUGAACUUGCACAAUGUAAACUUGACAUUUGUUUCUAGUAAUCUUUAUUUUAUGCACAUGCCACAGGAUGUAGCCAUAUUUUUAAACAUCAUCCUCACCGUCUUGAAAGUCUAGGGCUUUGUUUUGUUUUGUUUUUUUUGUCCUCCAAAAAUAUUUUAUCUUUCCUUGCAUUAAGACAAGUUUAAAUUCUCAUGUGAUUCCACUGUGUCUUUUGUACUUCCAGAAAAAAACACAUCUUACCAAUUACUGUGUUGAGGUAAAGAUACACCAAAAUCAACGAUCCUGCUUCUUCUCUAGGCAAGCAGCAGAAGUUGAAGUAAUUUUCAAAACAGUACAUUAUGAGAAUGCAGCAUAUGUUAUUUUCAUGCCAUUUGUUUACUGGCUGACUGGAAACACUACGAAGGUUUUUGUCCAGCUAAACAUUUGAUACAUGGCAUUGACUGAGUCCACUGAAAACAAGUAUUCAAAUAAAAUACAUUUGGAAAUAUAGUGAAAA